AUGAUUGCCGUCGCAAACGCCGGUUUCAGAGCAAUUGCACCCGACUACAGAGGAUACGGGCUAUCCGACAUCCCUGCAGAACCGGAGAAGACCUUAUUAGUUGAUUUGGUCAAAGAUACUGCCUCGAUCCUAAAUUCUCUCGCCAUUUCUAAGGUGUUUGUGGUUGGUAAAGAUUUUGGAGCAAUGGUUGCCUACCCGUUCGCCCUUUCAUACCCAGAGAAAGUUGCCGGAGUUAUAACACUUGGUGUGCCAUUCAUGCGUCCUGGUGGUGCUAGCCAUCUUCAAACCCUCCCUGAAGGCUUCUACAUCCGAAGAUGGCAGGAAUCUGGAAGAGCUGAAGCUGAUUUUGGUCGUUUUGAUGCUAAAACAGUGGUGAGAAACAUCUACAUUUUGUUCUCUAAAAGUGAAAUACCAAUAGCCCCUGAAAACCAGGAGAUUAUGGAUUUGGUGGAUUCAUCCACUCCUCUACCCUCUUGGUUCACUGAGGAGGAUCUUGAAAUAUACGGGGAUUUAUAUCACAAGUCUGGAUUUCAAACCCCACUCCAAGUUCCUUACAGGUCAUUCUCAGAGAAAAUUGAAUCUCCAAACCAAAAUGUGAUUGAUCCAAAAGUGGAAGCUCCAGCUUUGUUUAUAAUGGGUGAAAAAGACUAUGUUUUCAUGUUUCCUGGAAUGGAGGAAUAUUUGAAGAGUGGUGAGGUCAAGAAAUAUGUACCAAAUCUGGAAAUCAUAUACUUGCCUCAAGGUUCUCAUUUUGUUCAUGAACAAUUCCCUCACCAAGUCAAUCAGAUCCUACUCAAUUUUCUCAAUUCCAACAAAUUUUAGUGAUUCUGCUUCAAUAAUAUAAAGAUCUUGAGUUUAAAUCCCACACUUGUUGUGGUCUAGAUGUUAUUAUGAAUGUAUCAUUUGGACCAUUUGUAUGUCACAUUUAUUUUACAUAGACAAGUUAUUAAAUGGUAACGUGUGUUUUAGGUUGCGGAUUGGUUAUAUUUGUAAAGUAUUUAACUUGGUUGUUAAUAUAGGUACAAAGUUACAUGCCUUCUAUUGUUUGAUAUAAAUGGAUAUGCAUUAUCUUUAUC